AUGUUUGCCUUGUGCCUCAUGUCUACGACAAUGGUUGUUGCGGAAGAGCUCAAGACCAAGAUUUACGAUCCUUUUCUAACUGGUUUAAUCGAUGAGCUCAACCAAAGAUUUUCUCCUCAUUACGCCCUCGCCUCGAAAAUUCGCCUGCUUCUACCAAGCCUGGUUAAGGACACGACGUUUGAAGAUUUCAAGGAGACCUUUGGCUUCUACGAAGAGAUCCUUCCUCACCAAGAUCUUACUUUAUUUGAAACUGAGUAUGAGGCAUGGAAAUGCAAAUGGUCGCAAGCACCACCUCUGGAAGACGAUCUUUUACAAACACUGGACGGCUGUGAUGCGACGUUUUUCCCCAUUAUCCGUGCGCUGCUCCAAGUUUUAGCCACCCUGCCAGUCUCAACAGCAACGCCGGAAAGGUCGUUUUCAUCUUUGAAAUAUCUGAAAACUUACUUGAGAAGUACAACAACAGAAGAGCGAUUGACUGGACUAGCGCUACUUUACAUCAAUCGCCAAACCAUAAUCGAUGUUGAAGAAGUCAUCCAAGAGUUUAUCAAAAGAAAUCGAAGAAUCUCUUUUACAUAG